GCACCGGUGUUCAUCCAGUCCGCCCCGCUCGCGAUCUGGAUUCCGGACCUGCUCGCUGAGUCUCAGAGGGUUGAGCCACGUCCUUCGCCCAUCGACAACGGCAGGUUCGACGACAUUGUCGAGGAAGCGGCGCUCGGCCCGGCCGCGGCCGAUGCCCCAGAGCCGACGGCGAGCGAGUGGCCGAAGCGUCCGACAGGCAACGUAGUGCUAGACGUGCCGCGGGUGCACGGGCGAGCGGGCGCCCGACCAUUCCUGCCGGGCGCCGACGACAACAAUGUGCGGAUGCAAGGAGAGGUGGGCGGCUUGGGCCAGGUCCCGGCGCCUAGCUGGGGCGACCUGGCGCCUCCUGCAACCCUGGCCACUUGCGAACCAGCUGCGAAGAACCGUGCCGCCCAUCCCUUCGUGCUUGAGGCGGAGAGCCAACUGCGCGGGUUGGCCGCGCACCUCGAGCAGCUCGCGGCAUGGGGGGCCAAGCUGCGAGGUGGCGCGGCCGUCGCCGCGGACGCCGGGGGCGGUGGCGGCGCGGGCGCAGGGGCCGAGGGCGCGCACUGGCGAAGCAGACGCCGAGGCGCCGCAGCCGCCCCAGACGGCGCCCCGACGUUGGAGACCACGGCAAUCGCGGCAGGGAACGGUGGCGCGCCGCGGGGGCGGCUGCGCAGCCACGUGGCCCCAUUCCAAAGGGCGAAGGGCCCGCGCGGGGCGGGCGUGACCAAUGCGGCAAAGAGGGCAGAGGACCUCACGCCAGCUGGACAGACACAAAAGGAGGAAGGUGACGCGGCUGAGGUGCAGAGCUCGGACGAGGUCUGCGCCGACGACGCCGAGCUCACCCUGGCCGCGCUGGCAGAGCGGCGGCAGCAGCCAGGCUGUAUCAGGACGCAGCUCAACAGGAGAGGCGCGGCGGCGGGGCGGCCAGACCCGGGCCGCCUAGCAGGCGAGUUCGAGCUGCCGCCGACCUCGCGGCAGACUGGGCGCGAGCGGCCGCGGUUCUUCCGCAGCUUUCUGCCAUGCGUGAUCGAGUUGCUGCCCGCGGGGCGGCUGCGCGCAAUCGGCCCGAUGAGCGACGGAUGCAAGAACUUCCUGCGGGCUCCGGAGGCGAAGUCCGGGGACAAGCGUCAGAAGAAGGAUGACUCCGAGGGGAACGAGAGCACCAAGCGGGACGAGCUCAUCUUGCUCGCGCAGGUGGCCGCGGAGAGCCGCGCGCACGCAGCGUCCCUGUAUCGUACUUGGUUGGUUCCGGGCGAGGUGGGGGAGCAGUUCUUCGACAACAUGAAGCAGGCGGUCGCCAAUUAUGAGAAAGCCACGAAGGGCAAGAAGGGCCACAAGACCGGGAUCCCAUGCCAGCGCGCCCUGAUCGCAGCGUUUCUUACGGCCCAGACCCACUUCACCGACCAGAGCAAGGAGUACAAGAUCAUCGAGGAGACGCUGAAGAGGUUCCCAGAACCCGUGAAAGUCGGGAGGGACGUCUUGGAAUUCUGGGGCUACGAAGCGCGGGAAAAAGGCCAUCGUUUCCGGUACCGUCUCGGAGAGGACGUACCCGCUCAGAUCAAGGAGGCGGUGGGCAUCGUGACCCAGAUUUGGGAGGGCGCCAGCGGCGAGGAGAUUCUCGGGCAGGCCCCCGCGAACAAGCGUGAACGCAACCUCCAGGGACGCAUCAAGCGCAUGAAG